UGCACGAGGUUCGACCGUUCGAUUCGACGUUCAGAGGGUUCUCUCCCAAAAAUUUGAGAGCUCUGAAAAACAAGCCUCGUCUUCAAUUGAACUAGCUUUUUCUGAAACUGAGCUUUCAGAUCUCCGGCGAUGGCUCUCAAUCUUCGUCAGAGACAAACAGAAUGUAUUAUUCGAAUGUUGAAUAUGAACCUACCCGUGAACGCAACGGGAACAGCAAACGAAGAGGUUUACAAGAUCUUGAUCUAUGAUAGGUUUUGCCAAAAUAUCCUUUCGCCAUUGAUUCAUGUUAAGGAUCUUCGCAAACAUGGUGUUACCCUUUAUUUUCUUAUAGACAAAGAUCGAAAACCGGUCCUAGAUGUUCCUGCUGUCUACUUUGUUCAACCCAGUCCGGCUAAUAUCCAGAGAAUCAUUGCUGAUGCCUCUAGAUCACUCUAUGAUAGCUUCCACGUAAAUUUUUCAUCUUCAAUUCCCCGCCCGCUUCUCGAGGAUCUGGCUUCUGGGACUCUGAAUUCAGAUUCAAUUGGUCGGAUUUCAAAGGUGCACGAUCAGUAUUUGGAAUUUGUAACACUGGAGGAUAAUUUGUUCUCAUUGGCACAGAAAUCCAGUUAUGUCCAGCUGAACGAUCCAUCCGCAGGUGAUCGAGAGAUUGAGGAGAUAGUUGAGAAGAUAGUUGGUGGGUUGUUUUGUGUUUUGGCCACUCUUGGAGUGGUGCCAAUUAUAAGGUGUCCGCGUGGAGGUCCUGCAGAGAUGGUUGCAUCAGCAUUGGAUCAGAGACUUCGGGAUCACUUAUUGUCUAAGAAUAAUUUAUUUACUGAAGGUGGGAACUUUGUGAGCUCUUUCCAGCGUCCCAUUUUGUGCAUAUUUGAUCGGAAUUUUGAGUUGUCUGUGGGCAUACAGCACGAUUUUAGGUACCGUCCUUUGGUGCAUGAUGUGCUUGGAUUGAAGCUAAAUAGGUUGACAGUCCCAGGUGAAAAGGGUGGAACAAAGUCUUUUGAGUUGGAUUCUUCAGAUCUAUUUUGGGUAGCAAAUGGAUCUCUGGAGUUUCCAGAAGUUGCAGUGGAGAUUGAGACCCAGCUGAACAAAUAUAAGAAAGAUGUUGACGAUGUCAAUAGAAGAACUGGCGGAACUGAUGGAACUGAGUUUGAUGGGACUGACAUGAUUGGAAACACUAAACAUUUGAUGAAUGCAGUGAACUCACUUCCAGAGUUGACUGAGAGGAAGCAGGUAAUUGAUAAGCACACAAACAUUGCAACUGUGUUGUUGGGUGAGAUCAAGGAAAGGUCUCUUGAUUCUUAUGCCAAAAAGGAGAACGAUAUGAUUGUCAGAGGGGGAAUUGAUCGACAUGAUCUUCUAGGUGUACUUAGAGGUAAAGGGACUAAGUUGGAUAAGCUGAGGUUUGCUAUCAUGUAUCUUAUUUCUUCAGAAAGCAUGAAUCAAGCAGAAGUGGAGGCUGUGGAAGCUGCCCUUAGGGAGUCCGAAGUUGACACUCGUGCAUUUCAGUAUGUAAAGAAGAUCAAAUCACUGAAUGUCUCAUUGGCAUCUGCCAAUUCUGCUAGCCGAAGUAACAUUGUUGAUUGGGCUGAGAAACUAUAUGGGCAGUCAAUCAGUGCUGUGACAGCAGGCGUGAAGAAUCUUUUGUCAAAUGAUAGGCAGUUGGCAUUGACAAGAACAGUGGAUGCCUUGAUGGAGGGGAAGCCGAAUCCAGAAGUUGAUUCUUACCUUGUUUUUGAUCCUCGCGCUCCAAAGUCAAGCUCUGGAUCUACUAGCAGCCAUUUGAAAGGGCCGUUUAAGGAAGCUAUUGUAUUCAUGAUUGGUGGUGGUAACUAUGUUGAAUAUGGGAGCCUGCAAGAGCUCGUGCAGCGUCAACAGCCUGCCAGGCAUGUUAUAUACGGAACAACAGAAUUACUGACCGGAGAGGAGUUUGUGGAACAGCUUUCAUUGUUGGGUCAAAAAAUGGGAUUGGGUGGUGCUCCUGUUACUGCUUUAACACAGUAAGCCAAUCCACGCCUACAUAAGAAUCUGAAUUACAGAAUCUAAGGGUCUUAGUAUAAGAAGGAUGGCCUUCUGAAUUCGAUGAUGCACUGGUGGACAAAUUCAUAGAAAUUUUUUACUCAUGUUGUCAUUUCGUGAUAGAUGAAAGCUUGGCAAAUGUUCUCCUUUCUUGUUUUGUAAGGCCUGUGUGACGAUUCUCAGACAGGACUCACUGUCAAUGAGCUUUGGAAGAACUUCCAUUUGAUUUUGUAAUCUUCACUUUUUGGAUUAGUUUUGUAUUCAUAAGUUUCUAUGCGUAAAAAUUCGGUAUUUCCUGUUCAUUGAUUUAAUUGAAAGAUUACCGUCCGAA